AUGACAGUCAACAAGAGUCUCCUGCAUCUCGACACGCAGGCUGUUCGAAGGCAGUUUCCAGGCCUUGAGAAAGGCGCCGUUUGCUUAAACAAUGGAUCAGGUGCUCUGGUUUAUAAAGGUGCAAUCGAAAGGUACUGCCGGAUUGCUGUCAUGACAGAGAGAUACAACGCCGCUAACACUUCAGCACACAGUAUCGUUCGGACUAUGUCUGCUCCCCACAUGAACCUCCGUGGGCUCGACUCGAAAAGCAUGGUUGAUGUGAAGGAACGGACGGCACAAUAUGCGAAGCUAGCUUCAUUCAUGAAUGCGGACCCGGAUGAAAUUGCCUUCGGCCCUUCUACGACAGGAAUGCUACGGACACUCACCAACUCCCUUCGACCAAACUUGAACACGGACUCGGAAAUUAUAGUUUCGGUCCUUUGUCACGAAGCUGGCAAUACCGCCUGGGUUGCUUUGGCACAGAGCCUUGGUAUCUCCAUCAAGUGGUGGGCUCCAGAGGGCGGCAUAGGAAACAACAGAGAUCCCAAGCUCUCCCUGGACACACUGCGACCCCUCCUAUCCUCCAAGACAAGACUCGUCUGCUGCGGACAUGUGUCCAACAUUACCGGGACUAUCGAGCCCAUCAAAGAGAUUGCAAAACUUGUCCAUACAAUUUCAGAGGCUCUGAUCUGUGUUGACGGCGUGGCCUGGGCUCCACAUCGCCCGAUCGACGUGAAGGAUCUAGACGUAGACUUUUAUGUGUUUAGCUGGUACAAGGUUUUUGGCCCUCACAUUGCACAAAUAUAUGCUCGACGAAAGGUUCAAAAGCGAUAUCUGACCAGCCUGAACCACUACUUUUUUGACCCAACAGCUCUGCAUGUAAGGUUAGGACUUGGCAACAGCUGCCUCGAGCUGGAGCAUGCUGUGACGCCCAUCAUCACCCACCUCGUCGACCAUGUGGGUUGGGAUGCUAUCAUUGCCCAUGAAGAGCUGAUUACGGCAGAGAUAUUGGGCUAUCUGACGGCUAAUUCUGAUCUAUAUACAGUUUAUGGAUGUGCGACGGCGGACGCGAAAGCGAGGGUUUCUUUGAUUAGCUUUUCGGUGAAGGGACUGGCGUCUGACAAGGUUGCAGAGGUCAUUCAUGAAACAUCAAACUUCCGAAUCAUAACGGGCGAUUGUUGGUCUCCUCGUACUGUUCAUGAUGUUAUCGGGUUGCCUGACUAUGGCAUCCUUCGGACAAGCUUAGUACAUUACAACACCGUGGAGGAGAUGAGGGCGUUUACUCAAAAGUUAGAUCAGGUGGUGCGUUCCAUGAAGUAUGAGACCUUGUCCUCAUGA